CACUCCCGGCGCCGCCACCGCACAGGAGGCCCUGAGCCUGGCACCCUGGCCAUGUGCAGCCCUGAGGAGGCAGCCCUGCUGCGGCUAGAGGAGGUCUUCUCAGCCACCCUCGCCCGCAUCAACAGCCUUAUCCUCCAGCCCCUGCUCUUGACCGCCCCAGAGCCCUUGGAGCCCCAGGGCAGAGAAUGCCUGCGGCUCUUGCAGCAGCUGCACAGAAGCUCCCAGCAGCUCUGGGAGGUGACUGAGGGGAGCCUGCAGUCACUGCGGAAGAGGCUGCGCCACCCGGACUCCACCAGUCUGGAAUCCCUGUUGCUGCUGCGUGAUGCUGACCGUGUCCUGCAGAUCUACAUGGAGUAUGUUGAGUCCUACACGAGCUGCGUGGUGGUGCAGGCCUUUCAGAAGGCAGCAAAGAAGAGGAGCGAGUACUGGUGGGGCCAGCGGAAGGUGCUGCGGCAGCUCCUGUGGGGCGUGAGCUCAGAGGGCUCGAUGAGUGCAGCACUGGCCCAGGCCCUCUGCCAGCCGUUAACCCAUCACCUGCAGCAGUAUGUGCUCCUCCUGCUGAAACUUGCGGACGCCAUCGGGAAGCAUCACCCUGCCCGGGAGCUGGUGGUACACGCAGCCACCCACUUUGGGGACCUCCAGUCUUUCACGAGGCAGGCGUUGGACCAGGCCGUGGCCACUCAGGCCCUCUGGCACACCCUGAGCAGCCGGCUGAGGGAUGUGCUCUGCACCCCUGCUCACCGGCUCUUGCAAGACAGCCAGGACAUACCCGUGACAGUCACACCGCUGCGGGCUGAGCGUGUGCUGCUCUUUGAUGAUGCCCUCAUCCUGCUGCAGGGCCACAACGUUCAAACCUUUGAUCUGAAGCUGGUGUGGGUGAAUCCUGGGCAGGAUGGGUAUGUGUUUCGCAUCCUCACGCCUGAAGAGGAGUUCUUCAUCUGUGCCAAGGACUCCCAGGGCCAGGUGGUCUGGCAGUGGAAGGUGACCCAGGCUGUGUGCCAGGCUCUGCGUGGGAAGAAGGACUUCCCAGUGCUGGGGGCAGGCCUGGAGACAUCUGAGCCCCCUGCCUGCCGCUGUGUGGUGUACACCUUCCGCGCAGAGGGCCGGCUCUGCCAGGCCACAUAUGAGGGCGAGUGGUGCUGGGGCCGGCCCCACGGCAAGGGAACCCUGAAGUGGCCAGACGGGCAGAAUCAUGUGGGGGAUUUCUGCUGGGGCCUGGAGCACGGCUUUGGCAUCCGCCUGGUACCCCAGGCCUCCGAGGACAAGUUCGACUGUUACAAGUGCCACUGGCAGGAAGGCAGCAUGUGUGGCUAUGGCAUCUGUGAGCACGGCAUGGACGAAGUGUAUAAGGGCUACUUCCAGGCGGGCCUGCGGCAUGGAUUUGGGGUCCUCGAGAGUGCCCCGCAGGCCUCCCAGCCCUUCAGGUACACGGGCCACUGGGAGAGGGGCCAAAGGAGCGGCUAUGGCAUCGAGGAGGAUGGUGACAGGGGCGAGCGCUAUAUUGGCAUGUGGCAGGCCAACCAGCGUCAUGGCCCUGGGGUUGUGGUCACCCAGGCAGGUGUCUGUUACCAGGGCACCUUCCAGGCGGACAAGAUGGUGGGCUCAGGCAUCCUUCUCUCUGAAGACGACUCCCUGUAUGAGGGCACCUUCACCAGGGACCUGACCCUUGUAGGGAAGGGCAAGGUCACCUUCCCUAAUGGCUUCACCCUGGAGGGCUCAUUUGGCAGUGGGGCAGGGAGAGGACUGAACGUGCAGGGUGUGCUGGACAUGGCUGCCCUCCCGCUGGACCCGAGCAGCACUUGCAAGAGGCAGCUGGGUCUGGGUGUCUUCCCCGUAGAGAGCCGCUGGCAGGGAGCCUACAGCCCCUUCAGGGACUUUGUGCAUGCUGGCUGUCCUGGGGACCUGCAGGAGGCUAUGCUGGGCUUCCACGUGCAGAGCUCGAAGGAGCUGCGCAAGUCCCAGGAGUACCUGCGCUGUGAGAGGACCCACCCCGAGGACAGUGCGGGCAGUAUGGAAGACAUCCUGGAGGAGCUGCUGCAGCACCGGAAGCCCAAGGCCCUGCAGCAGUACCUGAGGAAGGCUCUGAGCAACUCGCUGCACCCACUGGGAAAGCUGCUCCAGACGCUGAUGCUGACCUUCCAGGCUACUUACGCAGGUGUUGGGGCCAACAAGCACCUGCAGGGGCUGGCCCAGGAGGAGGUGAAACAGCAUGCCCAGGAAAUCUGGGCCUUCUACAGGGGUCUGCUGCGGGUUGCCUUACAGCGCAAGGGCCAGGCCCUGGAGGAGGAUGAAGACGCAGAGUCAAGGGACAUGCAAGUGUAUGGCUUGGUGCUGCCCCUCAUGCUACGCAGCUUCUACUCAGAGCUCUUCACUCUCUACCUGCUUCUUCAUGAGCGGGAGGACAGUCUCUACAGCCAGGGCAUUGCCAACCUGAGCCUACUCCCCGACACCAAGCUGCUCGAGUUCCUGGACGUGCAGAAGCACCUGUGGCCCCUCAAGGACCUCACACUGACGACCAGUCAGAGGUGCUCCCUGAUCAGGGACAAGUGCUUCCUGUCAGCCACUGAGUGCCUGCAGAAGAUCAUCACCACGGUGGACCCGCGGGAGAAGCUGGAGGUGCUGGACAGGACAUAUGGGGAAAUCGAGACCACGGUGUCACGGGUGCUGGGCCGGGAGCACAAGCUUCCCAUGGACGACCUGCUGCCACUGCUCAUCUAUGUGGUAUCACGAGCCCGAAUCCAGCACCUGGGAGCUGAGAUCCACCUGAUCCGUGACAUGAUGGACCCCGUCCACACAGGAGGCCUGUAUGACUUCCUGCUUACAGCCCUGGAGUCCUGUUACGAGCACAUCCAAAAGGAAGACAUGAGGCUGCACUGCUUGCCGGGCCACUGGGACUUCAGGGAGCUCUGGUAGCUGGGCGUCUCCUGGACAAACUGCAGAGCUGAGAGGGGUCGCUGUGGACUUCCUGCGGAAGCAAGCACUGCUGGCCUGUCCUUCAUUGCCACAGACAAAGGGUGGGAUGGGCCCUCGGAGGCUGCUCUUGGAGGAGAAGGGUGCAUUGUUUUGCACAGGGAGACGCCACUGCUGCCCUAACCGGGAUGAGGGUGAAGGGUGAUGGGUGUGGCCCGGAGCUGGUGGUUUUCUGUUGGCCACUAGACCAGUCUCCGAUGACCCCUUAACCUGCAGUGGCUCACAGUUUGGGCAUGAGGAGCCUCUGGCUUCUCUUAGCCUGAGCCUUGCUCCUGUUAUUGGGCCUCUCUGGGUCUCAG